AUGCCCGGAAUAUCUCCUAUCGUUCUCAUCCUCGGUGCAGGUCCUAAAGUUGGCCUACCAACUGCAAAGGCCUUUGCUUCGAAAGGCUACAAGGUUGCAGUCGCAGCCCGGUCACUGAACGAGGCAGACAGCACAGACAACCAGCUUAACAUCAAAAGCGACUUUGCCAACCCCGAUGACGUUGUCAAUGCCUUUAUAAAAGUGAAGAAGGAGCUGGGAAUCCCAAGCGUAGUCAUUUACAACGCCGGCGCCGCGACAUUCUCUCCCCCAAGCAACCCGUUUGCGAUCUCUUUGGAUGCUUUCAAGCGAGACAUGACCAUCAACAACACUAGUGUUUUUGUCGCUGCCCAGCAAGCCGUCCUCGGUUUCGCGGAGCUCCCUGACGAUGCUCCAAGAGUGUUUGCGUUUACGGGCAACAUCCUCAACGUCAGGCCGCUCCCGCAGUUCCUGGAAUCUGGCGCCGGCAAGUCGGCAUCUGCGCACAUGAUGAUGGCUGCUGCCGCUGAAUACAAAGAAAGGGGGUUCAAAUUUUACUAUGUUGACGAACGAAAAGCAGAUGGCUCCGCCGCUUUUAAGAUCAAUGGAGAGGCACAUGCAAAUCUCUUCUGCGAGCUCGCUGAGGCCAAGACGCAAGGCCCUUGGCUGCAGACUUUCGUCAAAGAUGCGGGAUAUAAGGACUUUGGCCCCUAUCGACUAUAG